AAGUGAUAUAAUUUGAACAGGUAUUAUAUGUCGAAUACUGCCUUGAUUUAUAGAUAGGCUCUUGGCAAGGGGAUGCUCCGUGUUUCAGUGUCCUUGAUAUAUAUAAUGACUCCUACGUAAGACGUGAUAAUACAGAUGAGGUAGAGUCUCAUGUUACAUUUUAAUAGCGAAUCACGUGAAAUGAAUGUAUAUAAUUACACAACACAGACUAUAAUAAUGUUUGAGUGAUGAAAAGGAUUAUUGUUUUUUCAUCUGGCUUAAUAAUUUAAAAUGUUUACUCAAUUGAUAUUGGUUGUUUUUACUAUGUUGUUUGGGAUAUAUGGGAAGGAAAAUACCUCAGAUUUCAUCAGCAAAUAUAAACAGUACAACACUGUCUGUAAAGGAAUGGGAUAUGAAGAAAAAAAUUGCAAAGGAAAAGGUGUUAUCGCAUUCAAUGCACUUUUGACAUCUGAUCAGCAAAGACCGGCAAACAAGGCAGUUAUCAUUUUCAAAAAGGUAACAUUAAACUCUGGAAAUGCAUAUGAUGCAACCACUGGAAAGUUUACAGCUCCUGUCGAUGGAAUAUACUCGUUUACAUGGACUAUUGCAACAGAUGCUGGAAAGUAUUUAAGCACAGAAAUCCUAAUGAAUGGUAAGCCUGUCAGUUACAACCACGUAAAUGGCAGGAGUGGAAGUUCCAACUACGAAAGUGGAUCAGCAACAGCUAAUAUAGAAAUGAAAAAGAAUGACCAAGUUUGGAUUAGAGCGUAUGAAGGCGGUGGGUACGCUAGAUACACCUGGUCAUCUUUCUCUGGCUUUCAGAUAUAAAACUGAAGAUUUUACUGUUUAAACGGAAAAUCUUUAGCAAAAUAAACUCCUUAAAUUUAGGUUUUGAUAUGUGUUUGUGGAAAAUAAAUAGAAUUAUUGCAAA